AAGAAGGCCACAAAAUGGUUGCAAGCGGACCUCCCAAAGCACUCAACUCAGCUGUCGCAUUCUCGCAAUUAUUCGCCGAAAGUGCCGAGACUCGACAGAGGGAGAACGGGAACAAGUUAAGAUAUACAGCAGAAGCUACAAACCUAGAAAACUCACCCUCAUGUUAUGGUACUAGGCAUGAGCAUUCCAUGUCUUAAUCAUUCGUAAGACUCUCUACGGCCUCGAGAUAUGGAAGCAAGUUUACUCUCAAAUAUUCACUUCUGGGUAAAUUCUAUCACUUCAUACACGACUCAUUCUGAUCAUAUGCCGUUUAUCAAGCGGCAUUAUUGUGUCUUAUAUCCUAGAUCUAAUGCAGUCAUGAGCUGACACAGUUCCCCUGCAUUUUGAGUUCACUGCUUUCUCAGGAACUUUGCACAUUAACAUGUGGAAUUGCUAUCAAACCGCCUUGGUUAUGUUUGCUACCUCAUUAAAACUUUUUCUAUUGCAAUGAAGCACUGACACGUAACAUUUGGCCACACCCUUAUGCAGAAUUGCGGGUCACGACAAGCAUCCUAAAGUGCAGGCAAGAGUGGGCCAUGCCCACAAUGGGACUCUUGGAAUUUCUCGCAAUGCUGUUGCGCAAGAUAUAAAAAAUGCUUUCUUCGCUUUGGCUAAAACGUACCACCCUGACAAAAACAAUGGUGGGCCAACGAAUGAAUUUAUAAAGGUCAGAACCGCGUACGAGGUGCUAUCUGAUAAAGACCAACGAAAUGUUUACGAUCGUCGGUAUGAGAAAGUAUCAAGUAACGCGGGAUCUCAAACAUCAAAGGCAUCGGGUAAAUAUACAUACGAGGGGAAGCGAGAAAGACGCUAUUCCUAUAGGAAGGGAUCGAGCGAAAGCGAAGCCGCAAAGAAUGCGGAAGCAAGAGAGACGGAAUAUAAGAAAAAAGUGGACGAAGACAAUGCCAGGAGAGCAAGCGAAUCGUUGGAUUCUCUUAUGAAAGAGUUGGAGCGAAUUUCUGGGCGUUUCGAAAGGAGGGAAUACUGAGUUCUUAGUCCGAGUUAAGACGGUUAUUGGGUAAAAUUUUGGAAGACAGAAGAUUCGGAAAAGCUCAUGAAAACAUGAGAUCCACGCAGUCUUUGAGGUCACUCGGUGCAAUAGGUUGGCUGCGGAAGAAGCACGACAGAGUCCCAGAAAAUCGAAUUUUUCGAGGCA